GAUAUAAUAAUAUUUCAUUUUCAUAAAUAUGGGAUAAUUUUUAGAUUGGAAAGCUGUUAUUUGUGAUAACGUAGUAAUAUUAGAAAAUAGCGCCGAAAGGAUUUACCUUUGACCUCGUCUUGACCACAAAAACAUGGCAGCAUGAUAUUUCGCGGGAAAUUGUCACCGAAAUGAAGCAACUUAUCGGCGGAUUUACCGCUUAUGUCAAGCAACGGGGACAAGAUAUUUUUUCCAGUUAAAGGUGUUAAUUUUUAUGAACUCUUUGAUUGGUCCAAUGCAGAAGAACGAUGUAAGCUAACUGCAACAGAUGCACGAAAACUGAGAAGACAGAGCAGCCAGUCGGGAGUGCGAGUGGAAGUCAACGAAACAAAAAUUGCGUUGUUUCGUUAUGGAGAUCAGUUACAUGCAGUAAAUGAAAAGUGUCCCCAUGCAGGAGGCCCACUCCACAUUGGAGAUAUUGAAGAGCUGCCAGACUUCUCUGUAUGUGUACGUUGUCCAUGGCAUGGAUGGAAGUUUGAUUUAAAGACUGGGCGUUGUAAACACCCCUCUGGUGAACAAAGAUGUACGAUAGUGUAUGCAGUAAGGGUAGAUACACAAGGAAACAUUGAAAUUGGCUUUGAGAGUUUUAGUGGCAAAUAUUUUAACAGUGAAGAUUUUUAAUGACAUAUGAGUUUUAUCUGAUACAAGACUUUUUUGCUCUCAUACAUGUAGUGUUGCAUGUAUGCAGGAUUAAUAUACAAACAGUAAAGGGAGAGAGAGAGAGAGGGAGAAUGAUACGAAGCAUCUGAUGGACACUGCACAGCUGUGGCUGGAGUGUAAAAUGAUGCCAUGUUCAAAGUUAAAAUUGCAAAAAAGUAACAAAUACCUCUUUUAAUUGAUUUUUAUCUUUAUCUUCCUUGAAAGAAUUGGAACUCGGGUUAAUAAUACAUAUGAAGACAGGUACAAUGAAUUAAAGACAAAUGCAGGGUACAUUUGUAAUCAAGCUUAACAAACUUGAUACUGUUGUGAUAUUAAAAGUUGCUCAGAAUUGAUGAUAAACAGGCUUUUUAGUUUAAAAAGUAGUUAAGAGUGCCUUGUAAUAGUUAUAUGGUUUACUUGCUGUGCUUUUUUAUUUAAUUUUUUAAUAUUUAUUUUUUGCUUUUAAGUGAAUAGUACUGUGUUAGCUUUUCAUGAUAUUAAUACUGGUUUACGAUGUUCAUUCACAUGCACUUGUUUUUACAUAUUUUUUAUACUGAGACUGAAACAAUUUUUGGAAGUCUUAAAAACAUUUUAAUCAGUAUUUACAGUUUCAAACCUCAAAUUGUAUAUACCUGUUUUACUUUAUGCAUUGGGAAUAAUACUGUUCACAGCAUAAUGUGAUCUUUUAAGGGAUAACAACUCUUCAUAUGGGAUUCAAAAUUCCUCAAUGAAUGCAUUGUAAACAACAUAAGCAUUAUAAUAAAUUUCAAUACCACCAAAAUGGUGGCUAUCGCAGUUGUCCUGAAAUCUGUGCUUGCCAUCGGACCAAGAACCUUAUCUUAAGAGAUUAUUACAAAAUCUACACACAAAAAAAAACAAAAAACAAAAAACAAUAGAUUUACUGAAUGUUGGAACGGAUUCAUUAACCAUGGGGAGGUAUAGGAAAAUUGUCAAAUACCCCAGGAAAAUUCAUUUUAUGGCACAUUUUCCCGUCAAAGUGAAGAGUUGUCAUCAUGUCCAAGAACCUUUUAGUCACGUAAUUUCUGAAAUAUUUCUGCAACAUUCUCUUAUUAUUGCUUUGCAUAGCAGGAUUACCUACACAUUUAAACUACUUUCAGUUUAAAAUGGUACCAAAUAUUGUUUUAUUAUUGUGCUGUAAAAAUGUUUUAUUUACCGAAGUCCUAUUUGUUUUAUAGUAAUAUAAAAUUUCAGUUGUUUAUUUAUAGUAAAUCACUAACUUAAAGUUAUUUAUUUUAUAAACAUCAUGUUUCUAGUGCAUAUUUUAAAAGAAGUCCAAUCAAACUGAAAAAAAAAAAUUGUCCAAACUCUAUAUAAUAUUAUACUAGUAGUUUGA